UACGAUUUGGGUUAAAAGGAAAAGGGGAACUUUCAUGUAGGAAGAAACACCUUUUAACGUUGAUUAAUGAAACUACACCGAGUACGAUACUCAGACGUUAAAAAAAAGAGAAGACGCUGACGAUUUUAAUUUGAUGCAUUAGUUCAUUGAAGACAUCAAAAUGCAGCGAUCACAGCUGGCCAGACGAGGAAACUGGGAAGAGCAGAAACUGCUGGGUACUGGUGGAUUUGGCACAGUCACGCUAUGGCAGCACAAGGAAACAGGGGAACAGCUGGCUUUAAAGAUAUGUCGUGUUCAGAACGAGAUGACCGAGAAGCAUCGUCACCGGUGGAAGCUAGAGAUCGACAUCAUGAAGAGACUUCAGCACGACAAUGUGAUCACAGCCCUGAACGUUCCACCCGAACUGGAUGUUCCCAGGGACACGAUGCCUAUCCUAGCCAUGGAGUACUGCUCCGGUGGUGAUUUGCGCAGG